CGCUAGGAUUCCCAAUGCCUGGCAUUCCAACCAACUGAGAUCAUGAGCGUAAAGCACCCAAUGGAUCCUUCCGCAGAAAACUAAUCUCACUCUUACAUUCCUUUUACUCCCCUGCCCCAACACACACACCUCAGUUUGGCAGAAUAGACAAUACACAAAGAAACCACAACUAAGUGAAGUAAAAGGUUUCUAAUUGGAAAUCCUCGUACAUCCAGUGCUCACGGGCCGCUUUACUGCGCGCAUUGAUUUGCUGCCAGCGCUUGCAGACAGGAAGUGAGCGGAUCUCGGGGCUGCUGGAGUGCUGCUUCCAAUACUAAAGCUGGACGUGCAGCCUGGGUCAGUGGGGAUCUGUGCAACCGCCAGCAGAACGGAGCUAGAACCUGCGGAGCGUUCCUAAGUGGGACUUUCUGUACUGCAAUCCUGGAUCUGUGUAACAGUUUUAGGGAAAAAAAGACUUAUACGACAGAAAUGCACACAAUGAACUGUAAUUGCGGUUCUGGAGCAAGGCCAGUGGAAAGAAAGUGGAAAAGUCAACUUGUAUAUGCCCCAGCCAAACAGGAUCUUGGAUGUUCCCCACGUGCAGAUACUUUUCUCUCUUUUUAAUGGCUGCUGGGUGACUUGGCUGACCUCGGAACCCUCCAGUUGAUCCUGCUAUUCAGGAAGAUGCCUCUGCCUUUUGGGCUGAAGUUAAAGAGGACUCGGAGAUAUACAGUAUCUAGUAAGAGUUGCCUGGUGGCCCGGAUCCAGCUGCUAAACAAUGAGUUUGUGGAGUUCACGCUGUCGGUGGAGAGUUCUGGGCAGGAGUGCUUAGAAGCUGUUGCACAGAGGCUGGAACUUAGAGAGGUAACUUACUUCAGUCUGUGGUAUUACAACAAGCAAAACCAGCAGCGAUGGGUGGAUUUAGAAAAACCACUGAAGAAACAGCUCGACAAGUAUGCAUUGGAACCCACUGUGUACUUUGGGGUGGUCUACUAUGUGCCUUCUGUGUCUCAGCUGCAGCAGGAGAUCACAAGAUACCAAUAUUACCUGCAGUUAAAAAAGGACAUCUUGGAGGGGAAAAUUCCUUGCACCUUGGAGCAGGCUGUUCAGCUGGCUGGUCUGGCUGUACAAGCGGACUUUGGAGACUAUGACCAGUAUGAAUCUCAGGAUUUCCUGCAGCGAUAUGCUUUGUUUCCUGUGGGCUGGAUUCAGGAUGAAAAAACGCUUGAGGAAGCAACAAAGAAUGUGGCCUUGCUACACCAGAAAUUGAGGGGCCUCUCUCCCCCGGAUGCUGAAUUAUUGUAUAUGCAAGAGAUUGAAAAGUUGGAGAACUAUGGAGAUGAAAGUUACCCUGCCAAGGAUAGCCAGGGUACAGACCUCUGCAUUGGGGCUUGUCUCAGUGGCAUAUUUGUUAAACACAAGAAUGGCCGCCCACCUAUUGUUUUCCGGUGGCUUGAUAUCGCAAAUAUGUCUCACAAUAAGUCCUUUUUUACUCUUGAGCUGGCAAAUAAAGAAGAAACCAUUCAAUUCCAGACGGAGGAUAUGGAAACUGCCAAAUAUGUGUGGCGGAUGUGUGUUGCAAGGCACAAAUUCUACCGGCUAAACGGCAAUCUGGACUCACCAGAGUCUCCUCCUCCUCCUAUGGAAGGUUUCCAGAAAUCUCCCUUUCUCCUUUCCCUUCAGCGCUUUCCAAUUCUGUCUCGUCCUUCUAUUCCCAAAGGACAAUCACAGACUGUUAAUCCUGUUCGUCGAAGAUCUUCAACCAGAGUAUCACUGCCAAAGCACCAGCCUUACAUGAUGCCUCCACACCAGAUGCACUAUAAUGGACAUUACGAGCCGUAUACUUCUUCCCAAGACAAUAUCCCAAUGUUUGUGAGUAGUCAGAAUGGGUAUUAUUACCACUCCCAGACUAGCCUUGAUCGAACACCACAUGAUUACAAUGGUAGAAUUCGCAACGGGAGUGUCUAUAGUGCACACAGCACCAACUCUCUGAACACCCAGCAGCACUACAUGCAACCGUCACCUAUGUCAUCUAAUCCUAGCAUCACAGGAAGUGACAUCAUGAGACCAGAGUACAUCCCAUCGCACCGCCACAGUGCACUCAUCCCACCCUCUUAUAGGCCAACACCAGAUUAUGAGACUGUAAUGAGGCAACUGAGCAGGGGCAUGGUGCAUUCAGAGAGGCAAAGCCACUCAAUGCGAAACCUGAACAUUGGCAAUUCCUAUGCUUACAGCAGGCCUGAUGCAUUGGUUUACAGCCAACCUGAAAUCCGGGAGCAUGCUCAGUUCGCUCACCCCCAGUCCAAUCACUAUCCUUUUAACCUGAAUUAUAGUUUUCACAGCCAGUCCCCCUAUCCAUAUCAAGCUGAGAGGCGUCCAGUUGUAGGAGCAGUAAGUGUACCUGAGCUAACCAAUGUUCAACUUCAAGUACAGGAUUACACAGCUUCAAACAUCAUGAAGACUCAGGUGUAUCGUCCUCCUCCUCCAUAUCCUUAUCCACGGCCAGCAAAUAGCACCCCAGAUCUUACUCGACACCACAUCAGCAGCAGCAAUCCUGAUCUCAUCACAAGGCGAGUUCACCAUUCCGUACAAAUGUUUCAGGAAGACAGCCUACCAGUAGCUCAUUCUCUUCAAGAAGUAAGCGAGCCCUUGACAGCUGCCCGUCAUGCUCGCCUUCAGAAAAGGAACAGCAUUGAAAUUGCAGGGUUAACUCAUAGCUUUGAUGGCCUGAGGGUGAAAGAGAGGACCAUAUCCACAUCUGCUGCCAGCGGGACACCACAGAGAAUACUUUCAAGUGAAUCUCAGACUGUCAUCAUGGAAAGAACGAAAGAGGAGCAGGGUGAAGACUCUGAACGAGGAGGGUAUGGUCACAAGAAAUCACUUUCUGAUGCCACCAUGCUAAUUCAUAGCAGUGAGGAUGAUGAUGAAGAGACCGAAGAAGAUAACCGAACCAGCAUUACUCAAGCGCCCUUGUUCUAUGAUAGGGCACAGCUGCGUACUGUAAUGGAAACAUACUCUGAUGAGCUGGAACCAAAUUACACCUACAGCUCUGCUUCUGCCAAUCAUCUGCACAUAUAUGAGCACAAAAAACAAGAGGAGGUGGAGAAGGAAAUGAGGCCUAAAGUUGUAAGCCCAGUGCAAUUUUCUGGUGAUUUUCAACCUAAUAGGAGGGGAGAGGGCAACAUACCGCCUUCAGCAUCUGAGUCAGACCUCACUGCAGUCGGCAUAAGGUAUAGACCUAAGAAGGAUCCAGUAAAAAAGAGGCCAGUGUCUGAAGUCCUCUCAGGAAAGAAGGAUAUUGUGGAAGGACUGCCACCUUCUGGAGGAAUUAAAAAGGGCACCCGAAUGGAAGCCAAAAAAAUUGGUCCUCUGAAAAUGGCUGCAUGGAAUGGUUUAUCUUUGUCCCGUAUGCCUUUACCAGAUGAAGAAAAAGAGGAACCCUCCAGGGCUUCUAAUGAUGACAGGUGUAAACUGCUGGAACAGAGACUGGAGCAGGGCAUGGUGUUCACAGAAUAUGAACAGAUCAGCAAGAAGAGACUGCCAGACAGUGAGUGCUCCAUUGCACGUCUUCCUGAGAACUCGGAACGAAAUCGAUAUCAGGAUGUGCUGCCCUAUGAUGAUACUAGAGUAGAACUGGUUCCAACCAAAGAAAACAACACUGGUUAUAUCAAUGCCUCCCACAUUAAGGUGACAGUUGGUGGAGUUGAGUGGGAUUACAUUGCCACACAAGGCCCAAUUCAGAGCACAUGCCAGGAUUUUUGGCAGAUGGUCUGGGAACAGGGAAUUGCCAUAAUCGCCAUGGUAACGCUGGAAGAAGAAGGUGGUCGUGAAAAAAGUUAUCGCUAUUGGCCUAGACUUGGCUCAAGGCACAACACUGUCAAUUAUGGGAGGUUUAAGAUCACCACCCGGUUCCGAACUGACUCUGGUUGUUAUGCCACCACGGGCUUAAAGAUUAAACACCUUCUGUCUGGCCAGGAGAGGACAGUGUGGCACCUUCAGUAUACAGAUUGGCCAGAACAUGGACAUCCAGAAGAUGUGAAAGGAUUCCUCUCCUAUUUGGAAGAGAUCCAGUCUGUUCGCCGUCACACAAACAGCACAAUCGAUCCCAAUAGCCCAAACCCCCCAGUGCUUGUGCAUUGCAGUGCCGGAGUUGGUCGGACAGGGGUGAUCGUUUUGUCUGAAGUUAUGAUUGCAUGUUUGGAACAUAAUGAGAUGCUGGACAUCCCCCUAGUCCUGGACAUGCUGCGGCACCAGAGGAUGCUAAUGGUGCAGACUCUUUCUCAGUACACUUUUGUAUAUAAAGUCCUGAUUCAGUUUCUGAAGAGUUCCCGGCUGAUCUGACCUCAACUGGAGUCUUGCCACUGAUGAAAGCAGCAAGAAGAGCUCAUGAAAGCUCAUUUCUUUGUAAAAUGGGAUGCCCAUCCAAGUGGGCAAAAGCCACAUACAGUGCCAUCCAUAUGCAAAAUAAGCCAUGUAUUACUGUGGCCAAGACCAAGUAUAUGGUGCUCAACCUGCAUUCUUUGGAAGGCUUGGAUGUCAAACAAAUCCACAUAUUUGAGAUUGAACUCUGAAAUCAGCAGUUCAACACUGGGUUCUGGCAGUUUGGUGUAUCUAAGUAGUGGUGACCCAGUGUUUUUCCAAUUUGAGUCCUCUAAUGAGAUUCUGAAAUGUAAAAAGGGAAGAUCGAAAUAUUCUCCUGGCGUUUGUUUGGAGUCAGACUGGCCACUGAGAUCUAUCAGCUUGGAUACUUCAGUUUAACCCCAUUGCUGAAACUACUGGGUUAGCAGGACAAAAGCUCAUUUUAUCAGUGUUAUUAUGCAAAGCUCUGAUUUUACUGGUUGAAAUCAUCUAUGAUGCUAAUGAAGUUUUGAAGCACUUUUUAUUCCCAUGCUGUCUUAUUUAUGAUGCUGCUUAUAUUUUAACCCAGUGCUGUUUUAGAAAUACAUUUUAUAUUAAUGUGCUGUACAGAACGAGGCAAGGGUUGAAUGUGACCACAAAUUCUGGGUUGAUGUUUGAGACUCAAGCACAUGCACAUAUACAUUUUAAAGGGAAGUAACAAUUCAGUCUACAGACUGAAUCUGGUUUAUAAACCAUUCAUUUGCAGACAGGGAUUGGUGACUUGAAAAUGGAACCACAUAUGCAAGAUUAGCUUUUAUACUGAAAAUAAUGAAUUGGAUUUAAAGGCCUGAAUUAGAAAAUGACUAUGUCCUUUCCCUCCCUUUUUUAUUUUUUAAAUACAUAUAGCCGUCAUUUUCACUAAAAGUACUGGCCCCUGUUCCUUGGCCAAUUACAGCAGGAAUUAUAGAAUUCUUCCAAUAAGUACAGUGAGCACAGUAAUCAAACAGUACAACUUAGAAUCAGUACUGUCUUGAUUAAUGUGUAUUUAAUGAGACAACAUGGGCAACUCCGGGCUAUGGCAAACAUUUGUGUUGAUGAUAGCCUCCCUGUCCCUGGUUGGAGUGAAUCCAGUUAGUAAAAGGCAGCACGCAUGCUGCAAGUAACCAUCCAACUGCUACUCAUAUAAUCCUGAAAAAAGCAAGACUGCCAGUUACAGUCCAUCUUGAAAUUGCUGUAAUAAUAAUUAGCACAGCAGUUUAUUAAAUUUGGAUGGUGAUUUAUUCAUAUUUGGUACUAUUGCUUUCUGCAUUGGGCAAGUGAUCUGGCAGCUUAGCUUGUGGUUAAGCUGAACUUAUACCUGCUGUCGAGCAGUAAAGUUAAGAUAUAACAUACUUCCUGAAUUACCUGAAUUAUUAAUUACAUCAUAGUAUAUGGUGUCCAUUUAUCUCCACUAAGGAGUCGGUAUGUAAGGACCACAGUAAAUUUGACUUUUUUAAACUUUUUUUUCUGUCAUGUUACAGAUCCAUUUCCAAGCAUCCCUUGCUCUCAAGCUCAUGGAUGUCUAGCAAGUAUAAUUUUCUGAUUUUACUAUAAUUCCCAUAUGUUGGUCUCAAGGGAUCCCUAGGAAAUACUGGUAUGAUUGCAGUAUGGCAGCCUGUAGCAGGUGCAUUUUAGAAGAGGGUGUUCCAACCUUGGGAAAAUUUACAUAAGGUGCCUUAAGGUGGAUUCCCCACAGUGAAUGAGACUUCCUUUGUCCAAAAAUAAUCAGCCAUUGUUAUAGUUUAGUAAUAGCAAUAGAUGUAGAACCACAGGUGCCAGGUUCAUGCCAUAGGGUAAUAUUUACUGACAUUUUUCUUUAAUGCGGAAAUGAAUUUCCAUUCCUUCAAAAGGGGCCUAGACAACUUCAUGUGUCCCCCCUUCUUUAUAACACGGUUUGUUAACGUACAGUAUGAAUUAAAGUCAGAACUUUUGCUCUCUGUUAGAGAAUUAACUCUAGAGCUUUUCUGUUUCAUGUAAGUUGUAUUAUUUCAGUCUGCCUCUGGCAGAUAGUGGCAUCCUGCUUUAUUCAAUAUUGUGGAAAAGCUGGUCAUUUGCAAACGCAACCCCACCUUUGAUUGCAUUUCCUCUGCAACAUGUAAUUAUAUUAACCUUUUCCUGAGAAGGAAAUUGGUAAUGGAAGGCUGAAAUUUAUAGGAGACCCAGGGAAAGUGAUUUACAUAUAAUGAAAAAGAUGGGAUUCUUGUAUGAGACGCAGAACUCAGUGAGGGGCUGGGAACAGCAAUAAGCCAUGUAAUUGUGAGAACCUGGGGAAAUACAGCUUCUGUAGUUUUCUACAUCUUCUAAUUGUAGCAAGGGAGAAAUGCAUUUAUAGAAAUGUAUUUGAGUUACGCUGUGAGUUGUCUCUUCCAUACCGACAGUGCACAUGAUUUGUAAAUGUACUUUAAAGCUGUAGUUUACUUUUUCUUAAAAGAGGCGUUAAAAAUGUAUUUCAAAAAGGUAAUGUUACGUAUACCUUUGUUUGACAUGAUGGUGUGAUACAUUUAUGGGUAUUUCCUAGUCUAAACAGCUUUAGCAUUGCCUAUGCACAUGCAGUUAUACAGGAUACAGUGUCCAUGUAAAUUUGACCAAUGUACCUCUUCCCAGUAUACCUCCAGAUUCAGUGAUCCCACUGGGAAGUGGGUCCCAGAAUUUGUUCUUUUUGUAAUGUAAGAAAAUACAGUUUUAAGCAACAUUAUAAUAUGCAACAGAAAAAAUACAGUAUUGAAAAUUUUAAUUAAUGUCCCUUUCUGUUCUCUGCAAUCCUGGUUCAGGGUAGGUAGGGUAAUGAGGACCAACCAGUCAACAGAAUCAGAUUAAAGUUGAAGAGAGGUGAAAUGAGCCAAAAAGCACUCUUAAGGUGGGUACCAAUGACAGGCCUCUCCGACUGACAUCUGGCCUAAAAUCGGGCAGAUCUCCAUUGGGCAUGUUUGAUUUUUCUGUUGGCUCAGGGACUGCAUUGGCUCGAUGCAGUCCCCGAACCAACGGCACCUUUUUUAUUUUGACCGCUAGGGCCAAACAGUCCAACUGGCCUGAUAUCGCCCACCCCGUAGGUGGGCAUAUCUGGAGAAGAUCCCCUCACUUGGCGACCUCGCCAAAUGAGUGGAUCUUAGUGUAUUUCAGCUUUACUGUGCAACAAUUGAAAGCUGCCUUAUAACCCCUGAUUACCAGACCUGUAAAGAAUAGGAUUGGAGUCUUUGCUGGAAGAUGGCGGAAUUCUGCCACAUUGCUUCAACAGUCAGAACCAGUAGCACAGAAGGGAACAGAUAAAUACAGAUAGCAGCAGUUCUCAAACAUAACAUUAAAACCACAAAUGAAUGCAUAUUGGGAAGUUGCGUAGAAUGACUUUUUCUUUCAUUAUGCAAAGUUUGUUGUAUUUGUUAUUUGGGUGGAUUUUCCCUUUAAAAGAACCAUGUAUAAAUGCUUACGUAGCAUAUUUUGUGGGAAUAUUCAUAUACAUUGAUGGUUUUUAUUAGUUUAUGUACUGGUAACUCCUGCUAUAUAAUUAUUUCUCCAAUGAAAGACAAGGCAGAGCCCUUCUUUAACUCUUAGGUAAACAUUUUCCAUUUGCAAAACUAUCCGUAUUCCCUCACUUUUUGAGUCUCCCAAAUUUUCAACUAAUCUAUUCCCCGGUCUCCCGUUGUUUAUGUAGAUCCCUCAGGUUCCCCAUUGUUUGAACAAUCACUUUGCAUGCACAAUGAUCAUUCCCUAAUGUCACUGCACAUAAGCCAGGCCCGCAAAAUAUCUGUGGUGUGCUGCGCACACUGCAUUAUCCCCCAGCACCACAGCAGUAUAGUUUGACAGCUCUGCAUUUGACUUCUGUAAGGAAGUAGCCCCAUGGCUACUGAUAAUCAGAGUGAACUGUCUUGUUUGCAUGGUUUAUAGAAGCAAGUAAGGGGUUUAAUAUGAUGUAUUGUAUAGUUCUAUGGUAUAUAAGAAGGGCUAGCCGGCAAAAUUACUUUAAUGCAUGAGAUAAUGGGUCUGAAGUAUCUGCACAGGUGUGAUUUCCUAAAGGGUCAAACCAUUUUUCCAUCCUGCUUAGGAUGAUAAAUCAUGCAGGGCAGGUUUAGCAAGUUUGCUGCAAGUCUAGUCACCUGUUUAAAAGCAAACUUUAUCUUGGCUGCUAUUGGUUACUGCAUCUGGGCAAAUAUGUGUCUUUCAUUACGCAUGCCAUCAAGGACAAUCCUGAGCAAUAUUGCAUUGCUAUUAUAACCAAGUUCCAAUGUUUAUAACAUGACUUCAGUUAUAUGUUUCCUUUAUUUUGGCUAUUUCCUAUGUGUGAUUUAAAGGAUUAUAGAAUGUGUCUAUAAUAAUGUACAUUUCACAAUGAUGACAAUCUGUAAAAGUAAGUAAAGGGACUACAGAUAUUUUGAAGGAAAAAUGUAGAAAUGUGUUUUGAGAUCUUUGUUACUGCAGUGCAGCAGUAUGAGGUGACUGUUGGACGUUGUAGUUGGAAUACGAGUGAUGUAUGUAGAAGGAUGGGAGUGUAGUACGGAGUAGUAGUGGAGUCAGUACGGAAGUAUGUGUAUUAGCAGUGUGGGUAACACCUUUGCUUGGGAUUUUAUGGUAUUGAAGAAAAUGUUCAAAUUCCAUUGAUGUGGCCUUUAUAUACAGUAUAUAUUUGCUGAAGCUUCCCAGGUUUCAGAGCCUUUCAACAGACAGAUACAUGGUAGGGGCUUGUAUGCAUUGCCGUCUUUUCUUUCUAGGGCAUGGUGCCACAGCAAUGUCACUUUCAGCCAUUAAGAAUGUGCUACUUUUGACCUUACAGUGCCUACAUGAAAGUGCCUGGUGCUGAAGAGAGCAUCCCGAGGGAAUAUCUGGGCAGACCACAUGGAUACUGCCACAAUGGGGGGAUUGGUGUUAAACAGCUCAUUUGCCUGUAGUGCAAAGAGUGGGCAAACUGAAGGAAAUAAGGAGCAUUUUAGACUCUCCUCAGUUAAAGAGCCUCCAUCUGUUUGGGCUGGCUAAAGACACUGAUCAGUUCCUAAACUUUGCCUGGUUCAUCCAGCAGUAAGAUUGUCUUACUUUAUCAAUAUGUCUCAUUACAUAGAACUAUGUAAACUAACAAGAACCUUUGUGUCUGUUGUGUAUUACUGUAAUUUAAUAACCAUUUUAAUACAGGUUGAGGAGCCCUAAAGAAAUACACAGCUACCGGUAUACCUUAGAAAUUAGAAGUUGGCAAAGGGUGCACUACUGAUAAGAGGCAUAGAAAAAUAUAAGAUGAUGUGAUUUUUGGAUAAAAAAAAGGUAUGCAGGUCACCUCCCCCCCCAAGUCUAGUAAGACUUCACCCAUGAUAUGGAAUCAUCCAUAAGAUGAUUUUUCACUCCAUAAAAGGGUUUUUUCCUGCAACACAGCACUGUGCUGCUCAGCUCCUUGUAUUUGGUAGGAAAUAAAAGAAGUAGGCCCUGUGGUGCUGGAGAACUCGACAGAAGUCAGAUGCCAUUUUGAGACUACGUCUCCAAACAUAUAUUCUGGAACACUUACUAACAGUCUGUAUGUAUGAGCUAUGUGUAUAAUAAUGGACAAUCCCUGCAGCUAAGACACUGUAACAGUGUAAAAAUUGUGUGAGAUAGAAAAAAGUGCUUGUUUUACCAAAUACAUGUAAUAUAUGUAAUAUUUUAUGCAAAAUGAACAUAGUAUAUUUUUGCCAUGAAAAUAAAUAUUUGAAGUGUUUA